CGCCUGGCACGCUCCUCCAGCGCCAGAAGAGAUAGAGAGAGAGCAAGGGAAGAACAGAGGAGAAAUAUGCUUUCUCACGAGCGCGAGCGGCUUGGCAAGGAGCGCUACCUCGCCGACCUAGAGGUGAAGCGCGAUCAGCUCACCUUCUACCUCGACCGUCUCGCCUCGAUACAGAUGCAGGCAACGCUGGUCACUGGCUUCGCCUUCGGCGUCCUCGGCCCAGAUGUGAUUGAGGCGCUCCCGUUCUUCGACGCGCCGGUCAUCACCUACGUCUACAACAUGUCCGCCACGAUGAGCAUGCUCUGCUCCACAGGCGCAGUCGUCAUGUCUUCAAUCCUGAUGUGGGAGGUAAAUCGGCUGAGCCUGUACGGGUCCGUCUCCGCCGCCGUUGUGGCCGCUAGGCGGCACGAGAUCGCCGUGAUCGGGAUCUACCUCGGCUCGCUGGCGCUCCUGACGGUGUGCGUCUGCUUCGGCUUCCUCGCCACCUGCGAGGCGGUUGGCGUCGCCCACGGAGCCGGCUGCCACCGCGCCGGCUACUCGGUGAUGCUGCUCGUCAUCACGACGGUGGGCUUCUUCGGCUGGAUGGCGCGGCGGAUGCACCUCAAGUUCCGCGGGUACAGUCAGGGCCCAGCCGUUAAGGCGGCGCCCGUCCACCUCGACGUCGAGUCGGCAGGCAUCGACACCGGCCUGCGACACAGCCUGCUCGCGCCCCUCUCACAGCACGCAAAGGUGAGCCAGAUGUGAUGCUGGUGAGCGCCGCGCAGAGCAAGCGCCCCCAAAAGGUUUCUAGGGCUGUUAGAAGCAGCUGCCGGA